AUGAGCACGGCUGGAGUGCGACGAGGCUUCCUGAAGAAAUACGGAGGCUUCAUGUUUAAGCAGUGGAAAGAGAAGUACGUGGUGCUGACCGUAGAAGGUCGGCUGAUGGUGUGCAAAGAUGCUGAUUCCUCCCCAGAGCAGGUUGUGGUGCUACAGAGUAACUGCCGGUCCAUUGUGGAAGGAAAUGAGAUCCUGGAUCUGCCCCGUUUGCCACCAGGAGGGCGCAGGGACUGCUGUUUUGCCCUCAUCUUGUCUCAGGAUAAGUUCUUGUUACUGCUCUCGGAUACCCCCGAUGACUGCAGCCAGUGGCUGAAGUUAAUAAAGAAGGUGAAAGAGGGUGCGUCCUCUUCAUUGACGCUGAAGCGGCAGCAAAGCAUCGCCCCGUGUAUCACAGACAGAGGUUCUCUUCCAGACACCCCUACUGACAAAGAGCCCCAGUCCCCCAGCUUCAGCGACAAAGCCAUCAGUUCCCCACGGACCCGAUCCAGAGAGAGCUCCUUCAGAAGCAGAGGCAGCAUUAGUCAAAGCCAAAACCACAGCCCCAAGUCCCUGCCUCAUCACUCCAAGGACUGCCUGCGCCAUGGUAACAGCAGUGAUGCUCGUGCUGUAAGGGCGGUCUGUUUGCUGAUGGGCGGGGCUGCUGCCUCCUCAGCAUUGGGUUAUCUAAGCUCAUGUACAGGCUCCUCGAGUGUUACUGCUCAAGCACCGGAAAUCACCCACGCAGUGGGUUUCUCAGAGCUUGGAGGAGGAAUGUCCUACCACCACGCAUGCGUCGAGGCGGUCGACUCGCCUCAUUACAACAGCUUCGACUUCGAAGGCGACUCAGACUUCGAUGCUUUCGACUGUGGAGGGUUCACUUUCUGAUGGAGGAUUUGAGGUUCUUAACUAAGGAGCAGUAAAUGGUCAUCACUCGAACCCGAAUCAUCUCGUUCACCGAAGGCCUAAGAGUCGAGCAUUUAAAAUCAGAAUCCGACCGUUAUUACCUUCAUACGUAGACCUCAGGAGUUAAAGUUCAUAAAGACUUCAAAUCUAUUUAGAGGUUACAGGAAGGUUCCGCAUACAGGGUUGAGUUGCACGUGUGGGGUUGAGUUGUGACGUGACUGACGUUUUGAUGAGUUCAUAUAUUUUAGGAUGUUAAACACUUACUGUAUAUAUAUGAGGCUGAUUAAUUAACAGUAUCAUCAUGAGCGAUUGGGGACAGUGAAGGAGACAGUGUCUUCUCUGAUUUGGAGACAUUGCUUAUCUCAAGAACCCACAUUGUGUAUAGAUAAAGAUUAGAUGAUGAAUUAUAUUACUGUAAGAUUAAAUCAUAACAGAAUAUUAAAAGAAAAGUUAAUCCCUGCGUAAUUCAAGGCAAUAGAGAGUUUUUUAUGUCCUGAGUGAUACAGAAUAAGACUGUGUGUUAAUCUGCUCUGUCGUGCUACCUACAGUAAGCAGCAGUGUGAAUAGGUGACCGACCUUCAUGAUGUUUUGCUGAAGAACGUGAUAACCUUCACCCUACAGACUGCUGGACUGAAUGUAAAUAUGUUUGGGGGGAAAUUGGCGAAUACAGUGUUGUAUAAAUUCUGUCUUUCUUUCUUUCUUUCUUUGUCGGUUUGUUUUGGUACGAAGGUCCUUGUUUGUGUUCUCUGUGAACUGUUCGACCUUCAUUUGUGGCCCUCAAUCUGUAGAGCUAAGGAAACACUCAGUGUUUGUCUGAUUGUGACACAAAAUAUAUUUAUCUACUGUUGUUAAAGUUCUAGUGUGAUGAUGAUAAUGUUUUUUUAUUUCGAUGUGAUUAACAUGUUUUAUGGAGUCUUCUGGAUUUUUGUCGCUCUAUUUUUGUGCUCAUUAUCUUAUCCUAAUGUUUCUGUUUGAGGUUAUGACCUGAUUUCCUAAAUCCGUGUGUGUGAGUGUUUGUGUGUGUAUGUGUUUGUGUGAGUAUGUGUGUGUGAGUGUUUGUGUGUGUGAGAGAGUGAGUGAGUGUGUGUUU